UAACCCGUCAUGUAGACGUGAGAAUGGAGACCAAGUAGUUGUGUCUGCUUAGAAAUGUGUUUAAUAGCUGUUCCAUGGAUAAUUGUCUCCAUCCGUGCAGACAUGAGAUGAGCGUGCUUGUGAGAAAAUGUGUAAUUACCAACCAAAAGUCCAAACUUCGAAUACUGUUGUUAAAACAUCUCGAUAUAUGGUAACUUUAUAAAAUAGCAUAUUCACGGAUCGUUUAGGCGCGUCUCUAUUUGUAUUUGAGCGGCGGCACGGGAUGAGGCGGCGCUCUGUUUUUACGCCAAACGCAUUUGGAUACAUACAGCUGCUACACGGAAACGUUGGUGAGGACAGAGACCCAGAGUUGGGGAAACGACGGAGUCAAAAGUUAUUCAAUCAGUUCAAUGAAUGAUCAUCUCUAAAAGAGCUUAUCACUAGAAGUGGCGUUAACGUCACUCUCUCCCGCCUAUCAAGCGCCUAGUGUGCGAUAUCUGAAAUGAGGCACGGCGUCCGCUUGUCCUGAUAUGCCUCUCAUACGCGAAGAUGACACAGGACGAGAGAGCAUCUCAAGAAUUGACACGGAAGCCGACUUUCUCCCCACGUCAUCAUUGUUUCAAGAUAACCUUUCCGGAGAGGAAAUCAUCAUAUAACAAAGGCAAUGGUUUUUGACUGAAGAGAGAUGUAGAUAGAAACUAGAUGCUUUUCAGGGAAGUAGAAAGAUAGAAAGUCACCGGGGUGAAAUAUGGAGCGUGGAGUAUUCAACCACCUGUUCUCAGCUAGGACCACUGCUAUCUGUUGUUUCUUCUUAUGUGAGUCAAUUUUCUGUCUUGAGAAGGCCCAUUCACACGCCGAGGACGAGCUGUUUAAGAAGCUCUUCAUUGGAUACAACAAGUGGUCCAGACCCGUACCCAACAUCUCAGAUGUCGUUAUCGUCAAGUUCGGACUCUCCAUAGCACAGCUUAUCGAUGUGGACGAGAAGAAUCAGAUGAUGACCACCAACGUCUGGCUGAAACAGGAGUGGAAUGACUACAAGCUACGCUGGAGACCGUCUGACUACGACAACGUCACGUCCAUCAGAGUCCCGUCAGAACUCAUCUGGGUCCCGGACAUCGUCCUCUACAACAAUGCGGACGGUGAGUUCGCCGUAACCCACAUGACCAAGGCCCACCUGUUCCACAAUGGGAAGGUGCGCUGGGUUCCCCCAGCCAUCUAUAAGUCCUCCUGUUCUAUAGACGUCACUUUCUUCCCCUUCGACCAGCAGAACUGUAAGAUGAAGUUCGGUUCUUGGACUUACGACAAGGCUAAGAUUGACCUGGAACGCAUCGAGAACACUGUGGACCUGAACAACUACUGGGAGAGUGGAGAGUGGGCCAUCAUCAACGCAGUGGGAACAUACAACACCAAGAAGUAUGACUGCUGUCAUGAGAUCUACCCUGAUAUCACCUACUUCUUCAUCAUCAGACGGCUGCCUCUCUUCUACACCAUCAACCUGAUCAUCCCCUGUCUGCUCAUCUCCUGCCUCACCGUCCUGGUCUUCUAUCUCCCCUCAGACUGUGGGGAGAAGAUCACUCUGUGUAUCUCCGUCCUCCUCUCCCUCACCGUCUUCCUGCUCCUCAUCACAGAGAUCAUCCCUUCCACCUCCCUGGUCAUCCCUCUGAUUGGAGAGUACCUCCUCUUCACCAUGAUCUUCGUCACUCUCUCCAUCGUCAUCACCGUGUUUGUCCUCAACGUCCACCACCGCUCCCCGGGGACCCAUAAGAUGCCUCGCUGGGUCCACUCUGUCUUCCUGGACCUGAUCCCCAGGUGGCUGUUCAUGAGGCGGCCUGCACCAGAUGGAAGGAGACGCAGGUUGUUGUUGCUCCAACAGGGGGCAGCGGUGGCACGGCACCAGGGACGGACCACCACCACUAGACUACCAGGCCUAGUCCGUCCUCCCUGCCUCAGCACCUCAGCCAGCUGGCUUCGGGACGGAGGAGGUGAGACCACGGAGGAUCUCCAGAGACGGACGCCCUGUUAUGAGGACCUGGAGCUGGGGACUUUGACCUCGUACUUCUCCUUCCGCCCUCCGUCACCCAGACCCCCGGGCUCCACUCCUCCACCCCAGCAGAACCACCCACCCCCAGGGGCAGGACAGCCCCAGAACCGCCUGGACAGGGGAGGAGGAGGAGGAAGAGGGGUGAACAGAAGGGUAAACCCCACCCAGCGACCGGACAAGAUAGAUAACUUGGUGUCAGAGUCUAGAGGGAUAGAGUUCCCUCUGUCUCCCAGCGUUAUACGGGCUCUGGAGGGGCUGCACUACAUCGCAGACCACCUGAGGGCAGAGGACGCUGACUUUAGUGUGAAGGAAGACUGGAAGUACGUUGCCAUGGUGAUCGACCGUAUCUUCCUGUGGAUGUUUAUCAUCGUGUGUCUCCUGGGUACCAUCGGUCUCUUCCUUCCUCCCUGGUUGGCCGGCAUGAUCUAGGACCUUGGGGUGUCUGUGAUACCCGCCCCGGAGUGGGCACCAUGGGACUGGGGUGUCUGUGAUACCCGCCCCGGAGCGGGCACCAUGGGACUGGGGUGUCUGUGAUACCCGCCCCGGAGUGGGCACCAUGGGACUGGGGUGUCUGUGAUACCCGCCCCGGAGCGGGCACCAUGGGACUGGGGUGUCUGUGAUACCCGCCCCGGAGCCGGCACCAUGGGACUGGGGUGUCUGUGAUACCCGCCCCGGAGCGGGCACCAUGGGACUGGCACUACAAUGACAGGCCGGUGGUAGGAGUCGAGACAGAUGAAGGACUGUCACUAAGUUAGUAGGAUGACUACCAAUAAGGGAGUUCCAUUAAGUCCACCGGACUAUGACGUGACGUGACGUGAACGGGGCAAAAGUGGUGAGAGAGGAGCGUACCUCCUACAGUAAUCUGCGCCGCUCCGUCAGGUUGUCAACAAGGCAGCAUGGUCCAUCGUCCAGGAAACAUCUUUUCCAUAAAAUAUAUGUUUUGAAUUUUCAAACUAGUUUUCAUUGGGAAGGCUGAUAUAAAGCCUUUGUUUAUUCAAAUAAAUACCUUUUUGCAUGUGAAAACACAGAAUCCUACAACAACGUGCUUAACCCACGGCACUUUUGUGUUGAGCCCGGGAGACAGCCCGGUUCCAAAUGGUUCCAUCAACGCUAACCCAGUUCAACCGGGCAGGCCUGGGGCAUUAGUAGAAUCCCCUAAAUGUACUGCUUCAUAUUGGAGAAGCAAUGACGUGUGGGUAAAUUCUAUCCAAUAUGAUUACUUGGCUGUUUUGGAGGAAGUAAGGGGCAGAAAGAAGACUAACUUCUUAGUAUGAACUCUGAAUCAGUUUGUACUACAGCUCAGCUCAGCUCAGCUCAGCUCAACUCAACUCAACUCAACUCAACUCAACUCAACUCAACUCAACUCAACUCAACCACUCACUCACUCACUCACUCACUCACUCACUCACUCACUCACUCACUCACUCACUCACUCACUCACUCACUCACUC